AGAUCAUUCUAUACUACUCUAGUAUAUCCAAGUAUAUCAAGUAUAUCCCCGAGUGGUCCCUGCGCCCCUUCCCGCCACCCAGUUCUCUCGCCACAACUUCUCUCCCUUUUUGCCCCCCUCUUAGUCACAACAGAUUCUGUAAGUCCAAAGAGUCAUAAGCCUCCCGACUCUCUCUCUCUCCGCUCCCUCUCUGCCUAGUCACUUCAACGCCUGCCUGUAACAAGCAGCCACCAGCGUGGUUCUGCCUGUUCAUGCUCCGUUGAGUGCCCAGUUCUUUGCCAGUUACUUUCUCUUCAAAAUGUACCCUAUUGCCUCUUCCGACCCGAUCGCCUCUGCUGUUACCGACCUCGCCUCUGGCUUCUGAAUCAUCGAAAAAAAAAGAGUCACUCGCCACGUAAUAUAGCACUUGGUGAUCGGAUCGUGAAUACCCUUCUUCUAUUUCUUGUUUAUUGUCUUGUCUGGUCUUGUCUUGCCUUGUCCUUCGUCUUCUCUUUACUUAGUUGACUUAUUACUCUCCGCCACUUCUACCCGGUGGUUCCGCUUAUUCCCCCGAGUACGUCCAGUGUCCAACCUGGCGCCUCUCUACUAAAGGUCUGCCGUCGCCUACGUCGCAAAAGACGGCUUUGUCUCCUCGGCCCUCGUUCCCGGUUUCCUGCUUAACGGUUUCUUCACACGGUACAAAUCGGCCCAUCUCGCCCUAUCCGAAAUGAACCCGGAUAUGUCAGGGAUGGACGUCUUGGGUUUGAACGCUUCAAACUCAGGCUCUCAAUUGACAGCGUCUCACCACGCUCACCCUUACUCCUCGAUCUCCUCCGCGUCUUCCUCUUCCUCCUCCGUCUUCUCCCUCGACUGCAUCUCCUCCAUCUCGUCGACCUCCACCAACCCCGUUGAUGUGUGGGACAAUGAAGGAAACAGUCAAAGGAGUACCGGAUUUUGCUCCCGGCCUUGCAAAGGAUCUGCCCCCAAGGGGGAUGGUGUGGUGCCGUCCGAGUUGCGAACGCAUCCUCGACGCACUAACAGUUAUGCCUCUAGCGCUCCCAGCGCGCGGCCUCCGCCCUGUCUGCUCCGCCAGUCCGAGCGGAAGGUGAACUUUGUCGAUAAUCUCGUCGAUACCGCGUCCCAGAUCGUAGAGACUAUCUGGCCUCUGUCCGCCGCAGCAUCCCGCAGUGAUGCUGCGACUGGAUCUAAAGGCGUUCUUCCCCUCCGCAUCUUCAUUCAAGAAACACUCCGACGCUCGCGUACUAGCUAUAGUACCUUGCAGGUGGCUUUGUAUUAUUUGAUUAAGAUUAAGCCCCACGUGCCCACUCAUGACUUUACCAAGGAGCAGCCUCGGGAUCAGUCGCUCUUGCGGGCCAUGCAGUGUGGGCGUCGGAUGUUCCUGGCGGCGCUGAUUCUCGCUUCCAAGUAUCUGCAGGACCGCAAUUAUUCCGCUCGUGCCUGGAGCAAGAUUUCUGGUCUCAACACUCUGGAGAUCAACCAGAAUGAACUGAUGUUCCUCAAGGCCGUCGGAUGGCGCCUGCAUAUCGACGAAGCGACUUUCCAGCGCUGGACCGAUCUGGUCUUGAAGUUGACUCCUGGUGCCGGUGGUCCUCCGGUUGCUGAAGGUCAGUGUUGGCAGACGGUCCUACCCAGACUCACUCCUGAACUGGACUCUGUAGAGUCAGAGCCGAUGACCCCGGUUCCUGCUAUGGGGAUGGACCUUGGAUUGUCCGAGUCUCCCUCACCUCGCAGUAUCCCGAGCAACGAGUAUCUCUCUCGCGAGCGGACUUCCUGCCCACGGGGUCUUCCCCGGACGCUGGAGCCGACUCCGCGCAUGGAGCUUCCGAGCCUGGCUCUACCCGGGGUCCCGCGUCCUUCUAUGCUUCCUACGCCUCAGAUGACUCCUCAAUCUCAGGUGGCCUCCACUCCCGCUGCGAGUGCGGCUGCCUACUCUAGUCGCUCAGCUAUCAGCGCAGAAUGCGUGCAUGGCGCGAUCGACGCUCGAUCAGCGCCCCCUCUGUCAUUCUGCCCUCGGUCUCAGUCGUUCGAUGGUUACCCGGCUACGGUUCGCCGGUCAUCUUUGGCUCGCUCGACCUCUUCGGCUUCAUCUCCCGAAUCUAUGGUAUCGGAUGUGUCAACCCUGUCGUCCCGCUCAUCGCGCUCGUCGUCGGUUUCGUCCAAUGCCUCGGGAACCUGCGGGUCUGCACCAGCUCGUCUGGCCGUCAAGGCUACCUUGCGCUGCACCAGCAACUCCCUGAAGGAGUCCCGGAAGACCUUGGCCAUCGCCUCACCAAUCGAUGAGACUUCUCGAGUCGGUGUCUACAGCUCUCCUGAAUACCCCAGUUCUAUGGGUUCCUCAGUCCCCGACCUGUCUGCAUUCUCCCUGGAUCCCAGUCUGAAUGAAGCCGCUCAGAGUCUCUGCGAACUUUCCGGUGCUACGCCAGAGCGGCGUCAGUGCCGGAAACGUGGACGCACUGGAUCUGAUGAUCAACUGCUUCAGAACCAUGUGCGCCACCUGAUGAAUCUCGGUGCCUCCGGUGAACACACCGUGUUGCCCGAUGGUCAGCUACCGCACUCGUUUAUGAUGCAACAUGAGAAUAAUACUAUCUCCCAGCGAACUGGUCCCGUCUCAGGACCAGUCGGCAUGAAACGUGCCUGCUGCGGCAGUGAAGCACGCAAGGUCGCUAUGAAUCCGACCUUACGCGUUGCUGAGUUCUUGAAUUGA